AUGGUGCAUAAGGUACAGUUGGAAACUGAGGGAAUGGCUGUCAGCCGAUUCAGAUCCGUAGCAGCACAGGUCAUAGCAUGUAUGUCACCAAACCUACUACUACUCGAUUUGGGUAUGGCGAUUAGCUUCACUACUAUAGCAUUACCAAAUCUUCUAAAUGCCCCAGAGGGAUUGUCGCUAAAUGACGUACAGGCUUCGUGGUUUGGUGGUAUACCAUAUUUGACACAGCCGAUCGGAGCUGUGAUAUCGGGUCCGUUAGUCGAUUACUUUGGACGAAAACGAGCCAAUUUUCUAGCAAAUUUCCCACAUUUGAUUGCAUGGAUACUUAUGUACUUCUCUUGGAAUUUACCCUCAUUAUUCGUUGCGAAUGCUCUAUUGGGUAUCGGCAGUGGUGUUAUGGAAGCGCCUAUAAAUUCUUAUGUAGGAGAAGUUACUGAGCCAUCAAUUCGCGGUGCACUAUGUACAUUCACUCAAAUGUUCACAUCUGUGGGGACGUUAGUCAUGUAUUUUUUGGGCAAAGUCGUCACGUGGAGACAGGCAGCCCUAAUUGCCAUCGCUCCACCUAUAGUCUCCAUGCUACUUAUAUUAUUAGUACCAGAAUCUCCAACUUGGCUACUGUACCGAGGUCGACAAAAGGAAGCCCUCAAAUCUCUUUGUAACUUAAGAGGCUGGACCACACCAGAGACUGUGAGAGAUGAAUUUGACAAGCUCGUUGUUUAUACGAAGGAAUUAGAAAAAUGUGCAAUAUGCAUUAAGAUUAACCCUGAUAAUAUUAACUGUGAACACCAUAAGAUGAUCUGGAUUAGAAGAUCUAUCGACAAAUUUAGAUACGUCAUGAUGAGUAAAGAAACCUUAAGACCAUUGACAUUAGUGAUACUAUACUUUGCAUUCCACAUAAUGAGUGGGUACAUUCCAGUUCGACCCAAUAUGGUCAAUGUAUGUGGUGCGUUCGGUAUGCCUGAUGACGGCAAGGACAUUACGCUGAUGGUUGGAAUUAUUACAUUUGUAACAGGCGUUAUAGUCAUUGGCUUUAUCAAGAUGUUCGGAAAACGCAAGCUCGCUAUAUCAGCUAUGUUAGGCAUCGCUAUGUCCAGUACGGCACUCAGUGUCUACGCUAAGAAUAACUUAGAUAAAUCUGUAUUCUCUUAUGAUACUGACACAUUCCCAACCGAGAAGGAUUAUUUGCCACAAUAUUUAUUUUAUUCAUUAACGAUGUUCACUGGAUUUGCAAUUCCAUGGGUAUUACUUGGUGAAGUAUUUCCGUUCAGAAGUCGCGCAUCUGCUCAAGGCUUGGCUGCUGCUGCAAAUUACAUCAUCAACUUCAUCGGAGCCAAGACUUUCAUUAACCUAGAGAGCACUAUUCACUUAUCGGGCACUUUUGCUGUUUAUGGAGGGAUAGCCUUUGUUGGAGUCAUAUAUUUAUAUUUCUUUCUCCCAGAGACUGAAGGAAAAAGUUUACAAGAAAUUGAAUGUUACUACAACGGAAAAAUGAGGACCUUCGCUGACGAUCCUUUUAUAAAUGUUUUCAAGAAGUUGAAGAGAUAGAUAUAUUUUAUUUGUUAGGUAAUAUAAUUCAUACAAGACUUUCGUAGUUGUACUAUUUAUUUUCUUAUUGUCAUCCAUAUUAUUUAUAUUGACGAAAAUAUAUCUUAAGUAUACACUUAUUUUUACAUAAUAAAUGUGAUCUUAUACCUACUAACUUGUAUCUUAUUUUCUUUAUAUUAAAUUACAGUUGUAAUAAUUUCUAAAUUUAGUGACUAUUAAAAUAAACAA